CAAAGUUAAAAUUAAGACUUGAGAAAAUAAAUAAACUGUGAAAAUAAAAUUGCAACUACAGGAUUAUAUAUAGAGUUACAUUGCUUGAUACAAACUUUAUAUAUUAAGGCAAAUUAAAACAGUAUGAGUGCGCCAGCGAUAGGAAUAGAUCUCGGAACCACAUAUUCUUGUGUUGGGGUAUUCCAGCACGGGAAAGUGGAAAUCAUCGCAAAUGACCAGGGCAACAGGACCACACCUAGCUACGUCGCGUUCACAGACUCCGAGAGAUUAAUUGGUGAUGCAGCCAUGAAUCAAGCUGCGAUGAACCCGGCAAACACGGUCUUUGAUGCAAAACGACUGAUAGGUCGCAAGUUCGAUGAUCCGAGCGUUCAGAAUGAUGCCAAACACUGGCCGUUCAAGAUCGUCAACGAGGGAGGCAAACCGAAAAUCCGAGCGGAGUACAAAGGAGAAAAUAAAACUUUUGCACCGGAAGAAAUUAGUUCAAUGGUUCUUACAAAAAUGAAGGAAACUGCAGAGGCAUAUCUUGGUCAGAAAAUUAAAAACGCUGUCGUUACAGUUCCAGCUUAUUUCAAUGACGCUCAAAGACUUGCCACUAAAGACGCCGGGGCAAUUGCUGGACUUAAUGUUAUGAGAAUUAUCAACGAGCCGACGGCCGCUGCUUUAGCGUAUGGACUUGAUAAAAACUUAAACGAUGAAAAGAAUGUGUUAAUAUUUGACCUUGGAGGAGGAACAUUUGAUGUGUCAAUUCUUACAAUUGAUGAAGGAUCUAUUUUCGAAGUGAGAUCUACAGCAGGAGAUACACAUCUUGGAGGUGAGGAUUUUGAUAACAGAAUGGUCAACCACUUUGUUGAGGAGUUUAAACGUAAAAAUAAAAAGGACAUUAGUAAAAAUUCACGAAGUUUGCGUCGAUUGAGGACGGCAUGUGAGCGAGCAAAGAGAACAUUGUCUAGCAGUGCCGAAGCAAAUAUCGAAAUUGACUCUCUGUUUGAAGGCAUUGACUUUUAUACAAAAAUAACGAGAGCAAGGUUCGAGGAAUUGUGUUCCGACCUGUUUCGGGCAACUAUGGAACCGGUAGAAAAAGCUCUCCGUGAUGCUAAGCUUGAUAAAUCUAAGAUACAUGAAGUUGUUCUUGUUGGUGGAUCAACAAGAAUUCCAAAGAUUCAGAAACUGUUACAGGACUUUAUGAAUGGUAAGGAACUGAACAAAUCUAUCAACCCUGACGAGGCUGUAGCAUACGGCGCUGCUGUCCAGGCAGCCAUAUUGUCUGGUGAUACAUCAGAAGCAAUCAAAGAUGUUCUUCUAGUCGAUGUUGCUCCUCUUUCACUUGGUAUUGAAACAGCAGGUGGUGUUAUGACAAAAAUCAUUGAACGGAAUACCAAGAUUCCGACGAAAGCGUCUCAGAUUUUUACAACAUAUUCUGACAAUCAACCAGCAGUCAGUAUUCAGGUGUUUGAAGGUGAAAGAGCAAUGACAAAGGACAAUAAUUUACUAGGACGCUUUGACCUCACCGGAAUUCCACCAGCACCACGUGGAGUACCACAAAUUGAGGUGACUUUCGAUAUUGACGCUAAUGGAACUUUGAAUGUUUCUGCUCAAGACAAGAGUAACAAUAAAAUGAACAAAAUUACGAUAAAGAAUGAGCGAGGUCGGCUUUCAAAAGAUGAUAUUGACAGAAUGGUGAAUGAAGCAGAAAAAUAUCGUGAAGAGGACGAGAAACAAAGACAGAGAGUGGAUGCACGAAAUAAACUCGAAGCAUAUGUGUUCAGUGUGAAACAGUCUGUAUCAGAAGUUUCAGACGAUAAAUUGUCGUCUGAUGAAAAAGAAACUGUGAAACACACGUGCGAAGAAUGUGUGAAAUGGUUGGACAGUAAUACAACAGCCGAGAAAGAGGAGUUCGAAUACAAACUUGAGGAAAUCCAGAAGAAAAUAUCACCAAUUAUGGUUAAACUUCACGGAGGAAGAAAUCAAGGUCAACAACAGUAUGGGGGCUCACAGAACGCCGGAGCCGGACAUGGUGGACCAACUGUUGAGGAAGUCGAUUAAAUGAAUAAUUCUAUUUUAUAGACAUUUCAAUCCUUUUUAGACAUUAAAGACUUUUAAUUAUUUUGUAAUAUCGUUGUAAAAAUGUGAUGUAAAACUGUAUUGUUGUAAAAAUAGUGCUAUACAAUUUAUGUAAUGCUUAAAACAUUGAUUAUAAAUGUUAAUUUAUUUGAAGCAGUAUCAAUGUACUGAACAAUUAUAUGCUUACUUUUUUAAUGAUAAUAAUUUACAACAAUGUAAUGAAAAAAGAAUUUGAUAACUAGUCCUUCAUUGUACAUGUUUUGUGCAUUAACUGUAAAUAUUUGUGUAUAUAUCUUAUUUUUGAAAUAUGAUUAUUUAUUUUGUAAACUUCAGACAUACAUAAAUAAACUUUGAUAAACUUGCA